AUGGUAUACAUAGUAAAAAGAUAUACCAUCGCAAAGUUGUUACAUGGAGUCAAACUUGAAUUAAGAAAUAUUCUCAAAAUUGUAGACUGUGGUGUUCAUUUUGAGUUGAAGUGCAAAUCGCAAACAAAGGAUAUUAAAGAAAUUAGUGGCCUUUUGCAGAAGGUGGACGAUCUAAAAAGACUAUUCCUAUUGUAUGAUCACCAACUGGAGUCUCGUUACAUUAACUUUAGAGCACCAGAAGACGACCCAACUUCAACUAUGGAAACAAUAAACUUUAAACGUCGCAAGAAAAGAAUCCCUUCUUUCUCUUUAAUUGCUUAUAGUGGCCAUUUAUUCAGACAAUCUUCAAAAGCAUUAACAAGUGUUUUCUGGAAACUUGAUCGCAUGCCUCAACAUUUCUUGUUUUCAGAUCUUCAGUAUUUUCCAAAUUGA